UCUGUGAGGGAAAGUGGGGCAGGCAUGAAAAAAGUUUGGGAGAGCCUUGGGACCACUAUGCAAAUCUGAUUCCUGUGAGGAAGAAAGAGAAAGAAGAUUUAGCUUCAAUUCAAACAGAGCAUGGCAAGGCUGACAGGGAGUCCUCCCACCAGUCACCCAAGAGAGUAAAACAGAGUCUCACAGAACUGGGCUUGCUUUCAUAUCCCUGCUGGGUGCUUCAGGAAAGUGAGGACUCUAUGCAAAGUAGAUUAUCAAAUUGGAAUGCACUGAUCUGGGCCUCUGUCAAUCAAGUCAAUUGAUUAUUAAUUAAUCAAUUAUUAGCUGGGAGUAUUGGAAUUACCUAGGGAAAUUUUUCAACAUACAUAAGCCUAUACUUUCUCGGCCCUAUUCAUUAAUGGGCUCCACCAGGAACUCAAUAAUCCUCUUGAGAAACAAAAGCUGCCAUGGAGACCUGACAGUCUUGUUCAUGCCUACCACAACUGACACACUGAGAAAAAGAUGCAACCAUGAAGGGGUAGAAAGUUCUCAUGACACAGAAAAUAGCAGUCAGCCUUUCUCACAUCAUAAAGCCUUCAAAAAUAUCUGAGUGCAGUAUGGUCACCAUAUCAAACAAUUCUCUAAAAAAUUGAUCAGUGAGUUAAAUAUAAGACCCAAACCAUAAAAACAUCUUAAAAUAGACACAGAGGUACAUAUUGAUGAUCUCAAAUGUGCCAUGGAUUCUUACAUAUGAUAGAAAAGCAUGACAAACAAGAAAAAAAGGUAAAUUGCGCUUUAUCAAGAUGUGAGCCUUUUGUGCAUCCAAGGAAAUUAUCAAGAAAAUAAUUAAUAGACAUAGAAUGAGAGAAAAUAUUUGCAAACCACAUAUAGGCAGUUUUCAUGUCCAGAUAAUAUAAAGAAGUAGCUACAACUCAAUAACAAAAGUACAAACCAUCCAAUUUACAAAUGUGCAAAAGACUCAAAUAGACAUUUCCUCAAAGAUGAUAUACAAAUAGUCAAGAAGGACAUGAAAAGAUACUCAACAUCAAUAGUCAGCAGGAAAAUACAAAGUCAAAGCUGCAAUGAGACACCACAUCACACCUACAAAACUGGCUACCAUUCUUUUAAAAUGUUAAAUAACAAGUAGCAGCAUUAUGUAGAGUUUGGAAUCCUCAUACAUUGCUGGUGAGAAUAUAAAAAGGUACAGCUGCUAGGAGAAACAGUUUUGCUGUUCCUCAAAAAGCUAAUCAUAGAAUUCUCAUUUGAAACAACAUCCAUUCCUAGGUAUAUACCCAAAGAAUUAAAUCCAGGGACUCAGAAAGGUACUUGCAUGGGAAUGUUGAUUGCAGCAUUAUUCACAAAAGAUAAAAUAUGAAAACAAUCCAUGUGCUAAUCAACACAUGAAUAAAUAAAUAUGGUGACACAUACAACAGAAUAUUAAUCUGUCAUAAAGAGGAAUGAAGCUCUGACACCCUCUGGAACAUGCAUGGACUUUGGAAACAUUAUGCUAAGUGAAAAAUAUCAGAAACAAAAUAACAUAAUUGUAUAAUUUCAUUUAUAUGAAACAUCAAGAAUAGGCAAAUUCAAAGAGACAGAGUAGAGAUGAUCAAGGUCUAGGGUGGAACAUACAGGGAGUUAUUGUUUAAAAGAUACAAAGUUUUAGUUCAAAAUGAUAAAAAUUUUCCAGGAAAAAUAGUGGUGAUGGUAAUAUAACACUGUAUAUGUGGUGAAUUUCACUUGAUUGUGCAUUUUAAAGUGGUUAAAAUAGCACAUUAUUCACAGAACUGUGAAAAAUAGAUUUCUAUUAUUUAAUUCACAUGCUAAGGUAUUUGUUAUCGCAGCUGAAAUCCAUGAAUACAUCACUUGACGCAGUGUUUCAAUGAAAGGCAUCAGUUUUCAAUCAAGUUAGCUGGAAGCUCCAUUCCCCAGGAGAACCAGAGGCCCCAAAACAAGAGCUCCAGCAGGGGGUCAACUAGCACAGGUCCCAUAGGGAAGCCUCAAUGUCAGGCCCUGGAUGGCAUGUGAGGCUACAAUGAUACAACCACAAUGUGAAAAUGUAAGUAUUUUUACUACUUACAGACAAUACGGAGCACUCAGCACACCUGGAGACCACAGACACAGAGGUCAGUGAGCCCAGGCAGGGAAGAGAGAAGAGAUCAGUAAGCCAAUGGCUUUAUUAAGUCCAGGGUGUUAUCUGACAGGUUUCCAGCAGGGAGCUUUAAUAGAUGUGUUGAAAGCAAAGAGCAAACCCUGGGACCAGGAGCUCACGCUGUGACUGAGAAGUGGUCACUUUAAAUGUGAGGGCGAUUGUCAGAAAUAUCAGUUUAAAGAAGCAGCUGCAGAGAGGGGAGUCCAGGACACCAAGCAGGAGAGAUGCUUCUAAGGUUUUAUCUCUGGCCAACAACUGGAGCCACUUGAACGAGAUACAGUAUUGAAAACUGCCAUGGUGACCAAGCCCUGCCUCUGAUUUGAGGAAAAUAAAUGUAACACCUUAAAAAAUGAAUGCCAAGGCAACAUGACACUAUCAGCAUCAUGACAUCCAGGGACACCAGCAGGGUGUGGUACUGUGCCCAGGAGUCAGAAUACUGGGUUCUGGUCCCUGGGAGUGAGAAAACGAAAAUGACUUCUCCCUGCCCCCCUGACAUUGAUCUUCCCACCCUGCUGCUCCCUCUUCUUCUCCCAAGCCCACGUGCAGUGCUCAGCCCCAGACAUCACUGCCCCCAGGGUAUACACAGUGCUGCCUAGAGCACACAAACACAAACUCAUAGAAGGUGACAAAAAUCUGCAUUUGGGACACCUGAUUGUGAAAGAGGGAGAACAGUGAACAUAGAACCACAGAGACUGGGACUCACGGGGCUGGAAGGUGAUGGAGCUGUAACAUAACAUAUGUGUGACCUCGUGUGAAGUGUGCAGAUCCAUGUGGAAUAAAACAUGCAGCCUGGCCUGGGAUUGUUGCCGUUCACACUUCCCUCAGUGUCCACCAAAGGGGGACAGAGUCCCUCCCAGCCUGGAGCCUUCCCAGGGGAUGCCAACCUCAAUCAGCGGAACCCACAGCAAGCAGGGUCCACCCUCACCAGGGUCACUUCAGUCCAAGUCUUCAGCGCGCUCUCCAUGCUCCUCACAUGGACUCUGUCAGCUCCUCCCUGACCUGGCGGCCGCCAACCUAACACCACUCCCUCUGCAGGUAGCUCCUGCCCCACACACCUGCUCCUUCCCUGGGCCCAGCUAAAGGCAUCUCCCAGGGCAGCGCUGGUGCACGCGACGCCACACUGGGCGCUUUCCCCUCGUGACCUCCCUCCAUACUCAUCAACUCUCUCUCUCACUGCUCCCUAAAUGCCCGCCCCUGCUCCAUCUGUCCUGUUCUCUGGGGCAUCCCAGGACAAGCCUAGCGCUGACACAGAACAGCGACUGCCUGAGGGCCCACAGCCUCCCCAGGAAUCAGCCAGGCACCCUGUGACCUGCCUGCCCGCUGCACCCCCAGGGGGGUCCCUGAGCAUGUGUGAUGGUCACACACAGGCACCAUCCGGGAUAUGGCCACCUACCCCCAGCUGUCCCUUGGGAAGACAGACCUCUCCUGUGUGCUUGCGGGGAGAAGGGGUGUGUUAUUGCUCUUCGCUCCCAGAACACAACUCACCCCCACCCGCCCUCUCAGGUGUGAACAACGUCCCUCCAGACAGGAUCUCUGGCCACUGCCUGUUCCUCCUCUACAGAGAGCAGCUUGGCCAGGUCAAAACCCUCAGGACAGACCCCUGGGUAUGUCAGCACAUGGAGGGCUGAGCCCCUCAUGGCCACAGAGUAAGUCGGGAUGAAUCUCUCCAGCUCUGAACCCUGCCCUGUCCCAGGCUCCCCCUCCUGCAUCUCAAUGAGCCAUGUCCCGCGGGGUUCCUGGGUAACUCCCCACUUCCUCCUGCACCACCACGGGGAAGGUGUGGUGACCACAGGGCAGUCAGCUGGGGAGAGAAGAGAGGACAUCAAAGAUGGUCAGGAAGAACAUGAGAAACCCUGAGCUCCAGCUCAGCCGCCAGACCCCAGGGAGCCAUAGAGUGACUGAGAACUUUCCCUUUGACUAUGGGACUCACAGCCCCCACUGAGCGACCAGCACAGGCCUCUCCUCCCAAGAGACAUGAGAGAUUCACCCUGCACACCUCCAGGAAGGACAGUUUCCUCUGGGACACCCAGUUCCUGAAUGUCCAUCCUUGGAAGCUGCAGCCAAGCUAGACACUAUUAGAGAAAGGAAGGUUCCCUCUCACCAGGCAACACACAGCUCACCCACAGCACAAUGGGGCAUCACUGUGACAGGUACCUGGUGCAGCUCCAGUCUCCUGCACUGAAGGGCAGAGCCAGAUUGGGAUGAAAGAGGCCAAAGGGCAAGAAUUGCACCCUGACCCAGAGCCAUGGGGACCGCAGGAGGCUGAGGCCCAGGACUGUGCUUGCCCAACCUGCAGGGUAUGUGUGUGACUGUGUAGGUCUGUGUGUGUCUCUUCUGUGUGUGUGUGUGUGUGUCUGCACAAAGUGUGUGUUGAGGUUUGGUGAAAGAAUCACGGCUGAAAAAGGCAGAGGCCUCCACAAUUCCCAGGGACCUGAAACACAGACAGAAGGAAAAACAGAAGGAGGGACAAGGAGGCAGGACUGAGAGAGGAGGGGACAGAGAGGUGUCCUGGGCCUGACCCCACCCAUGAGCUUGAGAAAUGCUCCUGCCCCGGCAAGAGGCUCAGAGCAGAAGGAGGAAGGACAGCACAGCUGACAGCCGUGCUCAAGAAGCUUCUGGAUCCUAGGCUCAUCUCCAAAGAGGAGAACACGAAGGCAGCAGAGACCAUGGGGCCCCUCUCAGCCCCUCCCUGCACACAGUGCAUCACCUGGAAGGGGCUCCUGCUCACAGCAUCACUUUUAAACUUCUGGAACCCGCCCACCACUGCCCAAGUCACGAUUGAAGCCCAGCUACCCAAAGUUUCUGAGGCGAAGGAUGUUCUUCUACUUGUCCACAAUUUGCCCCAGAAUCUUGCUGGCUACGUUUGGUACAAAGGGCAAAUGACAUACCUCUACCAUUACAUUACAUCAUAUGUAGUAGACGGUCAAAGAAUUAUAUAUGGGCCUGCAUACAGUGGACGAGAAACAGUAUAUUCCAAUGCAUCCCUGCUGAUCCAGAAUGUCACCUGGGAGGACGCAGGAUCCUACACCUUACACAUCAUAAAGCGAGGUGAUGGGACUGCAGGAGUAACUGGACAUUUCACCUUCACCUUAUACCUGGAGACUCCCAAGCCCUCCAUCUCCAGCAGCAACUUAAACCCCAGGGAAGCCAUGGAGGCUGUGAGUUUAACCUGUGAUCCUGCGACUCCAGUCGCAAGCUACCUGUGGUGGAUGAAUGGUCAGAACCUCCCUAUGACUCACAGGUUGCAGCUGUCUGAAACCAACAGGACCCUCUUUCUACUUGGUGUCACAAAGGAUAUUGCAGGACCCUAUGAAUGUGAAAUACGGAACCCAGUGAGUGCCAGCCGCAGUGACCCAGUCACCCUGAAUCUCCUCCCGAAGCUGCCCAAGCCCUACAUCACCAUCAACAACUUAAAUCCCAGGGAGAAUAAGGAUGUCUUAACCUUCACCUGCGAACCUAAGAGUGAGAACUACACCUACAUGUGGUGGCUAAAUGGUCAGAGCCUCCCGGUCAGUCCCAGGGUAAAGCGACCUAUUGAAAACAGGAUCCUCAUUCUACCCAGUGUCACGAGAAAUGAAACAGGACCCUAUCAAUGUGAAAUACGGGACAGAUAUGGUGGCAUCCGCAGUGACCCAGUCACCCUGAAUGUCUUCUAUGGUCCAGACCUCCCCAGAAUUUACCCUUCAUUCACCUAUUACCGUUCAGGAGAAAACCUCUACUUGUCCUGCUUCGCAGACUCUAACCCACCGGCAGAGUAUUCUUGGACAAUUAAUGGGAAGUUUCAGCUAUCAGGACGAAAGUUCUCUAUCCCCCAAAUUACUACAAAGCAUAGCGGGCUCUAUGCUUGCUCUGUUCGUAACUCAGCCACUGGCAAGGAAAGCUCCAAAUCCAUGACAAUCAAAGUCUCUGGUAAGUGGAUCCCAGCACUCUGGCAAUAGGGUUUUAGGUGGAGUCUAUCUGGCUUUCAGAGAAGAGUCAGGAAACAUUUUUAUUCCAGCCUGUGUCCCAUGGGCACAAGCAAAUCCCAAAUUCUCCUUCCGAACCCUCCAAAUUUGUCUAAGAACUUCCAAAACUUUAACAAACAUGCUGAUAUAUUCAUAAAAUUCCCAGCCUAGACCAAGCAGGAGAAACAUUGAUUUCACUGAAAUAAUUGAUAAUAAUGAGUAUAAUAUUUUAUAUUUUUAUUUGAAAAUUUGCUGAUCCUUUAAAUGCUUUGUUUUCUAGAUUUAUGGAAUUUUUCUCUUUUAUUCUAUCUAUAGCUUAUAGCAGUUCAAUAAACUAUAAUUCUGGGAAAGAUAAUUGAAACAUUGACUUUUGCUCUCUACCUGACUGCCCGAGAAUUGGGCAACUAUUCAUGAGUAUUGAUAUGUUUUUGGUAAUACACAUAUUUGCACAAGUACAGUAACAAUCUGCUCUCUUUGUAACAGGGCACAUUUGAAAUCAUUGGUUAUAUUACCAAGGCUUUGACUGGGAUGUUAUAUUUAAGAAUAUAGAUAGAAUGAACCAAUAUGAACUGCAGGCAAAGUCUGAAGUCAGCCUUGGUUUGGCUUCCUAUUCUGAAGAGUUUUGUAAAAGCUUAAUCUGAGAUACCUUUUAAAAACUUAGAGCAAAGAAAAUUUUAAAAGACAGCCUACAUGGUCCAUUGCUACUCUUGCUGCACUUAUGUAAAGAAUCAGACCACGUUUAAAGAAACUCAACCUAUUUUGCAAACGAACUGAUUCUACUGAAAUUAUCAUUGGUAAAACUAGAGAUGCCCAUAGAGAGAAAAAUUAUGUGGAAAAUAAAAACUGUACUAUACCGGUUAUGAGAUGGCAGCUCUGUUCAUUGUUUCUGUGUUUUUAUUAUCGACCUGUAGACUUGAUAUUACCCUGAAUUCUACUAGUUCCUCCAAUUCCAUUUUCUCCCAUGGAAUCACUAAGAGCAAGACCCACUCUGUUCCAGAAGGCCUAUAAGCUGGAGGUGGACAACUCAAUGUAAAUUUCAUGGGAAAAUCCUUGUACCUGAAGCGUGAGCCACUCAGAACUCACCAAAAUGUUGGACACCAUAACAACAGAUGCUCAAACUGUAAACCAGGACAACAAGUUGAUGACUUCACACUGUGGACAGUUUUUCCCAAGAUGUCAGAACAAGAAUCCCCAUCAUGAUGAGGCUCUCACCUCUCUUAACUGUACUUGCUCAUGCCUGCCUCUUUCACUUGGCAGGAUAAUGCAGUCAUUAGAAUUUCACAUGUAGUAGCUUCUGAGGGUAAAAACAGAGUGUCAGAUAUGUCAUCUAAUCCUCAAACUUUUAUGUAACAUCUCAAAGGAAAUGUGGCUCCCUCCACCUUGCAUACAGGGCUCCCAAUAGAAAUGAACACAGAGAUAUUGCCUGUGUGUUUGCAGAGAAGAUGGUUUCUAUAAAGAGUAGAAAAUCUGAAAUUAUAAUAGAGUCCCCUUUAAAUGUACAUUGUGUGGAUGGCUCUCACAAUUUUCUAAGAGAUACAUUGUAAAACAUGACAGCAAUACUGAUUCUAGCAAAAUAAAACAUGUACCAUAUUUGCUAA